AUGUCUGGCUCUCACAAUACCGAUUCCAUGUGUGUGGUAGUCAUCGCACAGCUGAGAUACCGCUCCUUCCUGGUGCCGUGGAACUUUUCAUCCCUUAUAUUACGGAUUCCGCUCGUUCCCGCGUUUUCGGCCGCUGGAUCUGAUCUCGACGGCGAGCAUUUGAGCAAUGGAGAGGAUGCAGAAAAGCCGGACCGACAGACCGGCAGGGGACGGGAAGAAAGCGGUGAGGCCGUCGUCCAAGAAGGGCGAAACAGCCAUAUCUCUACGUUCCGACGGGCAAACAGAUCCGUUCACCUAUGGCCUACGUUGGAUCCGCAUCAGCACAGCAGCAGGCCUCUGGCUCGCUCUCUUCUUCGCCUCGUGUAUCAAUCGCGACGACUCAGGCGGCGGAGGAGCCUCUUCCGCCAAUUUCCCGCUGCCAGGGAGGACUCGUGGUGGCAGUGGCGGCGGGAGCAGGAAGUUUUCCAGCCGCAGCAGCAGCAGCAGCAGCAGCAGCAGCAGCAGCAGUAG